AUGUUGUAUUUUAAAUUGGUUAUAGAAAGAAGUUUUAGUAUUUCUACUCCUGUGCCACCACAUCCUAAAAUUAUAUUUUUUUCCACUUACCUGCUAACAAAACAUUACACAUUUAGGGAGAAAUUAUGUUUACAACUACAUUUAAUGUUUACAUAA